AUGCGCUUCUGGUGGCCGGAUUGGCAGCCUCGAAAGCGCUUUCUAUCCAGCGAAUGCAUGUGCUCCACGGACAGCCAUUCCAGUCUCGCCAGCGAUGCGUCUUUAAGUAACGCGCUGGCUGAUGACGAGUCUGGCGUGGAAUCAGGCGAAAUGCCCCCUCUCCCAAGUGACACGCAGCUGGUCACUGGCGAAGAGGCAGGGUAG